AUGGCAGAAGCAUUGCAAGACCUGCUGGGCAUUGAGCAGAAAGUUGAUGCCACAACGUUGGAUUACAUCUCAUACCUGGCAGGACAGCCUGUCGAUGCCCUACGGUCGUCAGAACGCCAGCUUCUCUCACAGGCGUCCAACUCGGCCCUGCUCUCCAUCCAAAGCCUCUCCAAGAAGUCGUACAAGGCCGUCGUUGGUUCGGCUGACAGUCAUGCGUCUUUGCGAGAGUCAAUUCCCGCCCUGUCGGGCAACGCGGUGCAGCUGAGCCGGCUCAUCUCCAACCUGGACUCGCAAGUCGAGCACUUUUCCAACAGCGUCAGCAAGGCUGGCGACAACAAGUCGAUAGCGCGGCGGAAGCAGGUGCUGAAGCUGCUGGAAAACGCCGACCGCCUGACGGAUCUCAUGCAAGUGCCUACUCUCCUGUCGUCGACCGCCAACAUCUCCCCCCUUGGCUUCUCAUCCACGCUGGACUUGUAUGGCCACAUCCAGCGGCUUGGAGCUCUGUAUCCAAACUCGCAGCUUGUCUCUGACGUCUUGAGGGAGUCUGAAGCUUCUAUUCAUCGGCUUGCUACUGAUCUUGUCAACACCCUCAAGGCGCCGAAUCUAAAGCUGGCUGCGACGCUGCGUACGGUAGGGUGGCUUAAACGUGCUAUCCCCGAUCUCGUCUCUUGGGCACCAGCACAGGAUAUGAUUCCGGCUGUUUUCUUGAUAUGUCGGUUUAUCACACUAGCUGCCACUCUUGAUGCGUUGGAGCCUCUGCGGCUACUGGCAGAAGAUGAACGCCUCAGUCAAGCAAAGCCUGGACAAUCGCGGCCCAGCGGCCAGCACACGGAACGAUUCCUGAAGCGUUUCAUUGAAGUUUUCCGAGAACACAGCUUUGGCAUUGUCUCCAUGUCUAAGAGCGUAGACACAAACCUGGGAGGCACAGGGCCCGAUAGUCUUGACCUUCUUCAUCCUCUGCCUUCAGCGCUAUCUACAUUCCCCAUCCAUCUGGUCAACAUGCUGCUUGAGCCACUUCGCAUCUAUCUGCCCGCUGUCAAGGAUAAGGUUGCUCGAGAAAGUAUCCUAACUCAAGUGCUCUACUGUGCCGGUAGCUUGGGCAGACUAGGCGCUGACUUUGGCAUGCUGUUAGCCAUGAUUGGGGUCACCGAGUGGGUGGAUUUGGUUAAGCGCCAUAGGCUCCUCGCAGGGCGACUGGAGUCUGUUAUCGGCGAUUACCGAUAUCAUGAGUACAUCAUCGGCAUCACCAGCAAAACCAGCUGCGGCAGGUGCGCACUUCACAAUGGCAUGUUCUCUGCAAGUUUCUCAUCACAGUCAUUAGCGCAACACUUUGUCUUUGGUCUUGGAUCGGGAGUGGCAUCUGCUGUUUUGCUGCAGCCGCUGGACCUCCUAAAGACACGAACACAGCAAUCCGGGCGUCCCUCGCUGCUCAUUGGCAUUUGGCGAGAGCUCACACAGUCACCACAACCAAUUCGAGCCCUCUGGAGAGGGACGCUGCCUUCCUCUCUUCGCACGGGGUUUGGAUCAGCUUUGUACUUUACAUCACUCAAUUCCCUUCGCCAGUUCCUUCAAAAGUCCAAUGCCUUCAGCCAGAAGAUUCAUGCGCGCAGCUCUUCGUCCAGCUUGCCUACGCUGACGCCAACGGCAAACAUGGUUUCAGGAGCAGUGGCACGCACAUGGGCGGGCUUUGUCAUGAUGCCUUUGACAGUCAUCAAGGUCCGUUUCGAAUCCAGCCUCUAUUCUUACCCAUCCAUGUGGGCUGCUGUGAAAGACAUUCAUCGCCAGGGAGGACUCAGAGGCUUCUUCGCCGGCUUCGGUGCGACUGCAAUCCGAGAUGGCCCUUACGCCGGCAUGUACGUGACCAUCUACGAGGUGUUGAAGAGGAGACUCUCAUCCUUAGCGUCCCGCAACGCUUCCUCGGCUGAGGGAACAAAGAGCAUGACCUCCUCCAUGGCCAGCUCGGUAAACUUUGCGUCGGCGAUUCUAGCAGGGACAACAUGCUCGGCCAUAUCAAACCCGAUAGAUGUCUGCAAGACACGCAUCCAGCUGCAGCCUGAACGAUAUCGGAAUUUACUCCAUGCCGGCUACAGGAUGGUGGUGGAAGAAGGCUUCCGGUCGCUGUGGCGCGGCUUGGGCCUCAGGAUGAGCCGAAAGGCAUUGAGCUCGGCGCUCUCGUGGACAAUAUACGAAGAACUCAUACGAAGGUAUACCAGCAGUUAUGGCGCAAGGCAAAGUCUCAAAUCAGUGUAA